AUGGCCUCAGCAAGAACAGAGCACUACGAUAUCGGCCUCCGCCGGGGACAGAGCUUUAAGCAGGGUGGACCCGCAGGCACAGCGCCUACCCUGUCACCUGAGAAACCCUCCGAGGGCAAAGUCUGGGCUCAGGCUCAUCAGCAGGUGAAGCCAAUCUGGCGGCUGGAGAAGAAACACGUGGGAACACUUUCAGCAGGGUUGGGCCCAGGCCUCUUGGGUGCACCCCCGCAGCCAGCGUACUUCUUUUGCCCCAGCACUCUAUGUAGCUCCGGGACCACGGCUGUCAUUGCAGGCCACAGCAACUGCUGUUACCUGCACUCCCUCCCAGACCUGUUCAGCAGCACCCUGCUGUACCGCCGCUCCAACUACAGGCAUAAAGCAUACCAGCAGCUGGAGUCUUUCUGCUUGCGUUCAGGCCCGUCAGAAAAAAGACCUUUCUCUCUCCCUCAAAAGAGGCUCCCUGUCACACUCACUGCCAACAAGGCCACAUCUUCCAAGGUCAUCCCCAUGGCCUCCUCAUCCACGGAACCAUACUCCUCACUGGGAGCAGCCGGGGAAAGUCCUUCAGGGAGGAGCCUGGCCUCUGCCAUCUCAGGGAAGACCCCGUCUCCACUCUCCUCCUCUUCCUCUUCCUACAAACCCAUGCUGAACAACAACUCCUUCAUGCGGCCAAAUAGCACUAAAGUGCCUUUAUCGCAGGCCACAGAGGGCCUGAAGCCAGUAUCCUCACCCCAGGUCCAGCUCAUCUCCUGGCAUCACUCAGGGGGCACCGGAGACUGUGCGUUCCAGCCUGUUGAGCACAAGGCGCCCAAGAGCAGUGGCCCUGCCCUAGACGACGCGCCUCCCCGCAGCACGCUGUCUACCCCUAGUUCCUUGGACGCCUCCACCACCAGUGUCGCCUCUUCCCUCUACAGCCGGAGUAACUUAGUCCCCAGGGCUGAGUCGCAUCCCUGCGGCCUGGACGGUGGCCCUGUUUCCCAGACUCUGACUAAGGAGAUUCGGUUCACUGAGGCUGUGAGGAAGCUGACUGCAAGAGGCCUUGAGCAGAAACCAAGGCAAGGCUACCAUUUUGAACAGACUUAUUUCAUGAACCCCAGCUUGCAGUGGGAUCUCCUCAACCAGAACAGGCGGUGGAAACCUCCUGUGGCCGGCCAGCAGGUCCCUCAGGAGGACACUGGAGCGGACAACAGGGUCCUCCCUGCAGUCUCGGACCCCGGGGGCUUGGACAGUGCAGUCUUCUGUACCAAACGCAUCAGCAUUCACCUCCUUGCCUCACAUAGCCACGGGCUCAGCUACAGCCCUGCCUGUGGAUCUGCGAUCGACUCCCCACGUCUUGGAGAAGACAAGACUCCAGUUCCACCUUCUCCACCUCAGCCCCUUGGUGUAGCUGAGGUGGCCACCCGCCUCUCUUCCAUCCAUCUGGGCAAACUUGGGAGAGAAGGGCCUAAGGAAGCCAGGGAGCUGAACUCACCUCCUAAGACUAUAGGUUCAGCUACUGACCUCCAGCUACACCCGGUUGAAACUGAAGAUCUGGAAGAAGAGCUACUAGAUAGUUUGGAAGACUGCUGCAGCCAGGAUGAGAAUGAAGAGGAGGAGGGAGACUCAGAGUGCUCCUCGUGCAGUGCUGUCUCCCCCAGCGAGUCUGUGGCAGUGAUCUCUCGGAACUGCAUGGAGUUUCUGACCAAACCCCCUUCCAAUGAAAAAGUUGUUCGACCAGCCCUCAUCUACAGUCUCUUUCCCAACGUGCCCCCUACCAUCUAUUUUGGCACUCCAGAUGAGAGAGUGGAGAAACUUCCCUGGGAGCAGAGGAAGCUGCUCCGGUGGAAGAUGAGCACAGUGACUCCCAACAUUGUCAAGCAGACCAUUGGACGUUCCCACUUCAAGAUCAGCAAGAGAAAUGAUGACUGGCUGGGCUGCUGGGGUCACCACAUGAAGUCUCCUAGUUUCCGAUCCAUUCAGGAGCAUCAGAAGCUAAACCACUUCCCAGGUUCAUUCCAGAUUGGGCGCAAGGACCGACUGUGGCGGAACCUGUCCCGCAUGCAGAGCCGCUUUGGCAAGAAGGAGUUCAGUUUCUUCCCCCAGUCCUUCAUCCUGCCCCAGGAUGCCAAGCUCCUGCGCAAAGCCUGGGAGAGCAGCAGCCGCCAGAAGUGGAUUGUUAAACCACCAGCGUCCGCUCGAGGCAUCGGCAUCCAGGUCAUUCAUAAGUGGAGUCAGCUCCCCAAGAGGAGGCCCCUUCUGGUACAGAGGUAUCUCCACAAACCCUACCUCAUCAGUGGCAGCAAGUUCGAUCUGCGGAUCUAUGUUUACGUCACCUCCUAUGAUCCUCUACGGAUUUACCUCUUUUCAGAUGGACUUGUCCGCUUUGCCAGUUGCAAGUAUUCCUCUUCCAUGAAGAGCCUUGGGAACAAAUUCAUGCACCUAACCAACUACAGUGUCAAUAAAAAGAACGCCGAGUACCAGGCCAAUGAAGAUGAAACAGCCUGCCAGGGCCACAAAUGGGCACUGAAGGCUUUAUGGAGCUACCUGAGCCAGAAGGGAGUCAACAGUGAUGCCAUCUGGGAGAAGAUAAAGGAUGUCGUUGUCAAAACCAUCAUUUCGUCAGAACCCUAUGUGACUAGCCUGCUGAAGAUGUACGUGCGGCGGCCUUACAGCUGCCACGAGCUCUUUGGUUUCGAUGUCAUGCUGGAUGAGAAACUCAAGCCCUGGGUUCUAGAAGUGAACAUCUCCCCCAGCCUUCACUCCAACUCUCCACUGGACAUCAGCAUCAAAGGCCAGAUGAUCCGUGACCUUCUGAACCUGGCAGGCUUUGUUCUGCCCAAUGCAGAUGAUAUCGCUUCCAGCUCCAGCAGCUCCAGCAGCUCCACCACCAGCCUGCCCAGCUCUCCCAGGGACAGAUGUCGAGUGGCCCCAGAGUACUUCACUGCACAGAAGAUGAAGAAAGCCUAUUACCUGACCCAGAAAAUUCCUGAUCAGGACUUCUACGCAUCUGUGCUGGAUGUCCUGACACCAGAUGAUGUUCGGGUUCUAGUCGAGAUGGAGGAUGAGUUUUCUCGCCGUGGUCAAUUCGAACGCAUUUUUCCGUCUCGAAUCUCUUCUCGCUAUCUCCGCUUUUUUGAGCAGCCACGAUAUUUCAACAUUCUCACCACCCAGUGGGAGCAGAAGUACCAUGGCAACAAGCUCAAAGGAGUAGAUCUGCUUCGGAGUUGGUGCUACAAAGGGUUCCACACAGGAGCCAUCUCUGAUUCUGCUCCAGUGUGGACUCUCCCGGCCUCAGUUCUGACUGUCCCAAAGGCUGAUGCGACACUCAAUGCUUUCUCCAAGCCAGAGACUGUCAAGCUGAGAAAACAUGGCUCCACCGAGCAAAAUAUACCACUGUCUGAAGAUGGGACCAUACCCAAGCUGAAGAAGACCCAAGCUGGCCUUUCCCCUCCUCCCAGGAAACUCAGUUCCUCAGAGGACAGUGAGGACACCAACAAAGAGCCCAGCCUCUCCACCCAGUUGUUACCUGUGAUCAAGUACUCUGGGCAGACUUCAAGAGUCUCUGCUUCUGCCAGCUCCCAGUCAGCUGGUGGCUCCCUCCUGGCUGCUGUGAGCCUGUGA